CAUUUAGAUUAACAAGUUCUUCUGUCUUUCAGCUUCGAAAACAUGUAUGGUAGCAGCACGCAGUUUCGUAACUGGACCUUCCAAGAUGACAGAGAAAUUGCAAAUCUACGUAAGCAGGCAAAUGCAGAUUUUAUCAACAAAUUUAGCAGUCAUAUGUCUAGUGCACAACGAGGUUCACACUUCUUGAAUGUUGAAGAGGAGAGGCAAAUGGUCCAUUAUUAUGAGAAUUCUCUGAAAGAGUUUUGCAAGAGAUUCCGAGAUCCUAGAGAUGCCCGCAUCAAAAUGCCAUUGUCUGUCAUGACAACAGCUCAACAUUAUUUCAAAAGAUUUUAUUUAUAUAAUUCAGUGAUGGAUUACCACCCAAAGGAGAUUUUAGUCACCUGUGUUUACCUUGCAUGUAAAAUUGAAGAGUUUUAUGUCACCAUAAAUGACUUUGUCCACAAUGUGAAAGGAGAUAAAAAGAAAGCUGCUGAGAUAAUUCUGAACAAUGAACUUCAACUUACCCAAGAAUUACAAUUCAAUCUCAUCAUUCAUCAGCCGUAUCGACCUGUAGAGGGAUUACUCAUUGACAUUAAAACAAGAUUCCAAAAGCUACAGGACCCAGAAAGGUUGCGACCUUAUAUUGAAGAUUUUCUAGAGAAAGUAAAUCUUACUGAUGCCAUUAUAUUGUAUUCACCAGGCCAGAUUGCUCUUGCUGCUGUGACUACUGCAGUAAGCAGGCUUGGAGAUAAUCUAGAUCAAUAUGUAACAGAUAUACUUUUCCCUGGAGACCAGAAGCAGCAUUUAGCUAAUCUAGUUGAAGCAGUUAGAAUAGUGCCUCAGGCUAUGAAAUUAAUCUGUUCCGAAGCGGCCUUCGCAACCUGAUUUUUUCGUAUCUAGAACUACGUUUUACAUGUAAAUUGCCUAAUUCAUUCCAAGCCCUACAAAAACACCAUAGUAAAUUUUAUAAUA